UGGCAACCGGGAAGCCCGUGCCGGAUGUCGGGCAGCCCGUGCCGCGCUCUGCCCGGGCUGUGGGGCUCCGCGCCUAUUCCCCCCCGAGCGCUGUGCGGGCCGAGCGGCGGCUGAGGCAGCGCCGUGAGAGUGCUGCCGUCUGUUUCAGCCCCGGAACCAGACACUUAAUUUUACUUCUGCAUUAGUGUAAUAACGCUGAUUCUGAUGAACCUAUAAAUAUUUAAUCCCACGUACUUCUCCACUUUUGGCUGCGGUUCCCCAGUCCAAUACUUGAUGAAAAACAUGCACUUUAUCCUAGCUGACUUCUGCAGGAACUGUCAGGUUCUUUUUACGAGCACAGAAGUUUUGUUUUGCUCCACCACUGAUUAUCCCACAGAGACUUUUCAGCAUCUCUGAUUUUUUUUAACCGAUAAUGAGUUUGCCCAGCACUCUGUCACAAGAUUGUUCCUGGUGCCUUCCGCUGUUCUGGAGCACUAUUCUUUGUACUGUUUCGUGUCUUAAUACACGACAAAAUGUGUUCCUUUGGGUGAACUUUGCUCCUUGUGCACUCAUCAUAGGAGCACCUCCCUGUGAGGACAGGCUGAGAGCUGGGGCUGUGCAGCCCCGAGAGGAGAAGGCUGCACGGAGAGCUGAGAGUGGCUUCAGUAUCUAAAGGGGCUGUGAGAAGGAAGGGGACAGGCUCUUUAGCAGGGUCUGUUGGGGUAGGACAAGGGGAAAUGGAUUCAAGCUAGAAAAGAGAUUUAGAUUGCAUAUGUGGAAAACUUUUUUACACUACAGGUGGCAAGGCACUGGCACAGGUUGCCCAAAACAGCGGUGCCCCGUCCCUGCAGACACCACGGUCAGGCUGGGGGGCUCUGAGCACCCAGUGGAGCUGUGGGUGGCCCUGUUCAUUGCAGGGCGUUGCACUGAUGGCCUUUAAGCGUCUCAUCCAACUCAAUUCUAUGACUCUAUACACUUUUAGGUGUUUUUUUUUUUCUGUAGGGUCAUCCUCUUAUGGUAUUCUUCUUGAGCUGCUUUUAAUAUGGAGCCAUGCAAACGCUUUACAAAUAAAACCGUUCUCUGAAAACAGUACCAUGUUCAUCAGAUGUCCUUGACAUAGAUGUUGCUGAGAAGCUAAAGCUAACUGCAUUUGUGUUCACACAGGUAUGAAAGCUCAAUGGGGUCAUCCAAAAAUGUAAUCAAUGAGCCUGCUGAUGCAGAAGAAGGCUAUAAUGUGAUGGCUUCUUUCCAGCGCUCCAAUAGCCAUGACAAAGUGAGGAAGAUAGUUGCAGAAGAGGGACGUACAGCAAGGAACCUGAUUGCGUGGAGCGUCCCGCUGGAAAACAAGGAUGAUGAUGGAAAACCAAAAUGGCAAGCUGGUGGAAAAGCAAAGACGGGGUCUCAGGGGAAACACAAGGCUGCGAAACAGAGCUCUUCCCUAGACUGUAAGUUAACAGCAGCAACAGGAGAUAAAACCUUUGACAAAAGCCCGACCAAAGCACGGCAGCCUCGGAAAGUUGAUCUGCGAGCUCGGUACUGGGCGUUCCUGUUUGACAAUCUGAGACGGGCGGUUGAUGAAAUCUACGUUACGUGUGAGUCGGAUCAGAGCGUAGUGGAAUGCAAGGAAGUCCUGAUGAUGCUCGAUAACUAUGUGAGGGAUUUCAAAGCACUGAUUGACUGGAUACAGCUACAGGAGAAGCUAGAGAAGGCUGAUGCUCAAAGCAGACCUACUUCACUAGCCUGGGAAGUGAAGAAAAUGUCUCCAGGGCGCCACGUGAUCCCAAGUCCCUCAUCAGACAGAAUUAGUGUGACGUCAAAUGCUCGAAGGAGUUUAAAUUUUGGGAACCCAUCAGUGGCAAUUUCUGCUACACGCCUGGCUCCUUCUGGUGUCAGCUGGGCUGAUAAGGUAAAAGCCAACCACGGAAAAGCGGCCAAUCCUGAGUUAGCAGCAACACAAACCUGUCUGCCAGCUCCAAUACAGAAGGCAUCACGAAAAAAUGAUCGAAAGGAUGCGGAGGGCUGGGAAACAGUUCAGCGUGGGAGGCCUGUUCGAUCUCGAUCCACUGUUGCACUGGCAACAAAAGCUCCUGUAGUUGCAGAAUCCCUCAAAUCCAGAGGUGACAGUGACAAGGAAAAAGUCGUUUCGCCACCAUCAGAGAAUAAGCCUGAGAAUUCACUCACGAAUGACGGUGCACCCAAAAGCACGGAGCUUGUACAGGAAGAUCCUUUACAUCAGUCUGAACAUCCUCCUAGCGGGACGACUCAGUUCGCAGCACACGCAUCAGAAGACAGUGUGAGCACUAGCACAUCACUGCAAGAAGAUUCCUUACAAAUAGUUUCUGAGGCACCUCUGGUUGUCACAAAUACAGACUGCACUCCAGCAGCUCUGCAGACGAAUGAAGCUUCCUCCGCAAUCACUGAUAGCGUAGACCAGCAUCCAACAGAAAAAGUGAAAACUGAAGCUGAAAUGGAUCCCUCAGAUAUUUCAAAUUCUAUGGCAGAAGUCCUUGCUAAGAAGGAAGAGUUGGCAGAUCGCCUGGAAAAAGCAAAUGAAGAAGCUAUUGCUAGUGCUAUUGCAGAAGAGGAGCAAUUAACUAGAGAGAUAGAAGCAGAGGAAAACAACGACAUUAAUAUCGAAACUGACAACGAUAGUGAUUUCUCUGCUUGUAUGGGCAAUGGAAGCAUAUCUUUUUGCGGUAUAUCUAUGGACUGGAAUGAUGUCUUGGCAGACUACGAAGCUCGUGAAUCGUGGCGCCAGAGUAAUUCUUGGGGAGACAGAGUGGAAGAAGAGCCUGCACGCCCACCUGGCCAUGGAAUACAUAUGCACGAGAAACUGUCCUCACCUUCACGGAAAAGAACAAUAGCAGAAUCCAAGAAGAAACAUGAAGAAAAACAGAUGAAAGCUCAACAGCUGAGAGAAAAGUUACGUGAGGAAAAGACACUGAAGCUUCAAAAAUUAAUGGAGAGGGAGAAAGAUGUACGGAAAUGGAAAGAAGAACUAUUAGAUCAAAGGCGCAGGAUGAUGGAGGAAAAAUUACUCCAUGCGGAGUUCAAACGUGAAGUGCAGCUACAAGCAAUUGUGAAAAAAGCACAAGAGGAGGAAGCUAAGGUAAAUGAAAUUGCAUUUAUAAACACCUUAGAAGCUCAAAACAAACGUCAUGAUGUGCUGAAUAAAUUAAAAGAGUAUGAACAACGCUUAAAUGAAUUACAAGAAGAGCGUCAACGAAGGCAAGAGGAAAAGCAAGCACGUGAUGAAGCUGUUCAGGAGCGCAAAAGAGCUCUGGAAGCAGAACGCCAGGCUCGAGUUGAAGAGCUGCUGUUGAAGAGGAAAGAACAAGAAGCACGGAUUGAACAGCAGAGGCAAGAGAAAGAAAAAGCACGGGAAGAUGCAGCACGAGAAAGGGCCAGAGAUCGUGAGGAGAGAUUGGCAGCUCUUACUGCAGCUCAACAAGAAGCCAUGGAAGAACUGCAGAAAAAGAUUCAGCUGAAGCAUGAUGAAAGUAUUAGAAGGCACAUGGAACAAAUUGAGCAAAGAAAAGAGAAAGCAGCCGAAUUAAGUAGUGGAAGACAUGCUAAUACUGAUUACGCACCAAAACUUACACCAUAUGAACGCAAAAAACAGUGCUCAUUAUGCAAUGUAAUGAUUUCCUCAGAAGUGUACCUUUUUAGCCACAUAAAAGGGAAAAAACACCAACAAGCUGUGAGAGAAAACAGUAGCAUACAAGGACGAGAGCUUUCAGAUGAAGAAGUGGAGCACCUGUCAUUAAAAAAGUACAUUGUGGAUAUUGUGGUUGAGACUUCUGUUCCUGUAGAACCAGUAAAAGAUGGAGAGGAGAAGCAAAAAACUAAAAAGAAAGCCAAAAAGUUAAAAGCACGGAUGAACUCCAGGGCAAAGGAAUAUGAGAGUUUGAUGGAAGGAAAAAAUACAGUCUCUGAUUCCCCAUUUAAAGCCAAGUUACAGAGAUUAGCAAAAGACCUUUUAAAGCACCUGCAGAUGCACGAUAGCUGUUCGCUGGGAAACAACAAGGUUUCUGCUCUGGACAGGACUUUAGGAGAGAUCUCUCGCAUUCUGGAAAAAGAGAACACGGCAGACCAAAUAGCAUUUCGGGCUGCGGGAGGACUGACUGCCCUCGAGCAUGUUCUUCAGGCAAUGACUGCUCCCACCAAUCUGAAUGCAGCUUCACGGAUUCCUUUUAAGUCUCUCUGCAAUACAGUAAAUGCUUAUGGACUCACCUGCAACAACUGCACAGAAAACUGCACCUAUAUUCUUUUUAGCAAUAAGAUCACCUUUUUAAUGGACUUGCUGAUGCACCAGUUUACGGUUAAUGUUCCAGAUGACCAUAAUGCUACUUCAGGAAGAAGUGCAAAUAAGCAGGUGUUUGAAGGUCUAACAACAGGGCUUCUGAGGAUAACAGCCGUGAUUUUCAGAUGCCUAAUCUCCAGCUUCCCAGAUGGAAACAACCACUCCACAGCACUGAAGAUAAUACAGGAAGUGAAAAGCAAAUCCUCGCAAGUAGAAGCCUUCAACAGCAGAAUCCAAGACUUGAUCAGUUACGUGGUGAACAUAGGAUUGAUAGACAAGUUGUGUUGCUGUUUCCUCUCCGUUCAAGGCCCUGUUGAUGAGAAUCCAAAAAUAGCAACUUUUCUACAAAAUGCCACAGCACUGUUGCAUGGAAUAUGUCAGCUCUGUUUUGCGGUCAGUGGAAGAUCCUGGAACAUAUUUGACAGCACACGUCAGGAUCCCACAGGACUAACAGCGGUUCUUCAGGCUACGGAUCUGGUUGGAGUCUUGCAUAUGCUGUACUGUGUUCUUUUCCACGGCACAAUUUCAGAUCCAAACACAGCGAGUCCCAAAGACAGCUAUGCAGAGAACACAAUCCAGGUUGCCAUCCAGAGUUUACGUUUCUUCAAUAGUUUUGCAGUUCUUGAUCUGCCUGCUUUCCAGUCUAUCGUUGGUGCGGAAGGGCUGUCCCUUGCAUUCCGCCAUAUUAUCAGCUCGUUGCUGUGGUACUGUUCCCAGCAUACCUGUGAAGGAUUGCUACAUGAAGUCAUUAUUUGUGUGGGCUAUUUUACUGUAAACAACACAGAUAAUCAGGCAUAUCUGACUUUCAGGCUGAAGAGGGAGCACCAAGAAAAGCUAAUUCUGGGAUUCCAGCGUGUGACAUGAAUUCCUGCACUGCCUUUCAUGCCUGAGAACGUGUAGCAGACAUCCACGAUGAAACAGAGUCCUCUCUGGCUGCCAGAGAGCACUCCAGUACAGGAUGAGCGAGCUGCAUGCGGGUUUUCACAGUCCUGGUGAUCUCGGCUCUUUGUUUGUCUUUGUUUUUUUUUAAUAAAGACGUGCUUACUGUGUUUGAAUGGCUGCGGUUGGGAGAGCUGUGCUGUAGCUCUAACUUACAACAGCCCCUGUGCUUUCGUUCCUUGUCUGAAGUGAAAGUAUUGUAAUCUUCGGAUUAAUCCGUUUCUCGUUUAUUUAUUGUCUUUUUUGGUAAUACGGGCAAAGCAGUUUACAGCCGCAUACUCUUUGUGCUCCUCUGCAGUAAGUACAGUACUUGCACACUAAAUCAGAAGUUAUUUGGACUAGAUGUUCUAAGAUUUAUUUUUAGUGUUUACCAAAAUGUUUUCUUCUCGGCCGCGCUCAUAUUUUCAGCAUGACUUCAGCACGCGGGGCGAUCUGCAGGAAGACCAGAUAGACCACGUGUUCUAAUUCUGUUGC